UCAUGUUGUUAUUUGUGUUGCAGGUGCCAAACAGAGAAGAAUGACAUUUAACUGAGACAGCAACUCACAAAGAAACAGUUCAUCUCAACAAUCUUGUCAGUCUAUGAUGGAGAUCAUGGAUACUCAGUGUGCCUUGGAGGCUGUGGAGAGACUGCUAGCCAAACUGAAGGAGAGGGGAGAGGCCCCCACACAGGAGAAACUCUUCCUGCUAAAGAGUGUCCUGCAGAGCCCCCUGUUCCAUCAUAUACUCAGCUUACAGCAAGCUCAGCGGAAGCCCCCGGCAAAGGGGAAGAAGAUUUCCAAAUCUGUGUCUAUGAACUGUGGCCCCUGCCAGGGCAUGGCGCUGGGCCUGAAAGCACUGAGCCACAGUGACUCCUACACAUGGGCCAUGGAGAACCGAAGGCCCAGCACUGCCAGAUCCGUCCACAGGGAUGGCAGCAUCUCUUCUCUGGGCUCACAGGAUCUGUCCUUCUCAGACAUCUACUCAGACAACUGCAUUCACACUGAAUCACAAUACUGCACUCCCCCUCGAAUCUCCCGCACCAUGUCGAUGGGGAGAAACCUGUCUGCUAUUGCUCAUGAGAGGCGUCAUGUGGAGAUGAUAGAGCUGAUCAAUGAUGGGAAAGGGCUAGGUUUUGGCAUCAUAGGAGGACGGAGCACAGGGGUCAUGGUCAAGACCAUACUUCCUGGUGGAGCUGCUGGACAGGAUAAGCGUUUGCGCAGUGGAGAUCAAAUCCUGCGCAUCGGAGAUACAGAUCUGGCGGGCAUGAACAGUGAGCAGGUGGCACAGGUACUACGAAAUGCUGGUACCAAGGUGAAACUGCUCAUUGCCAGAGAUAUUACAAAGGACAAACACCUUUCCUCUCCUGUCCUAAGCCAGGACAGCUUGGACGACAAGCUCAAUGACUUGAAUGAUGACUAUGAGUUCAGUGUGCAGUUCACUAAGAACAGUCGGGGCCUGGGAUUCACCAUUUCUUCCUACAUAGGUGACCUAAACUCAGUCUACAGCGCUGGUGUGAUAGUGAAGAGCAUAACGAAAGGCAGCUCUGUCGAUCAAGAUGGGCGCAUCCACAUCGGAGACAUCAUCCUGUCCGUGGAUGGGGUGAGCCUGCAGGGCUGCAGCGAGCAACGUGCCAUGGAGGUGCUGAGGAGGACAGGUCCACUGGUCAGACUGAAGUUGCUGAGGAAGGCUGUCCGCCUGAGUCACAUCCUGCCCCCAGUUCCUCCCCUGCAGCCCCUCCGACAUUCCCAUAGCUUCCAUGAGGGCAAUCCCUACAGAGUGGGCCUCAACAAGAUUCAAGAGACAGGAAUCUGCUCAUUACGUGAAAUCUCCCGGCGAGCAGCAUACGCCAACAGAAGACCCCGACAUCAUUCCAGAAAUGGUGUGAAACUGACACCAGCUGAGGAGGAAGACCUAAGGAAGAGGUGGCAGCAUGCAGUCGGACCGCGAUAUGAAGUUCUUGUGUGUCAUCUGGAGCGUUUCAGUGAGACAAGUGGUCUUGGCAUCAGUCUGGAGGCUCGGGCGGGACAUCACUAUCUGUGCUCUAUCUUACCUGAGGGACCCGUUGGCCAAAGUGGCAAGAUUUUCACUGGAGACCAGAUAUUGGAGGUGAAUGGGAUCCCUCUCAUUGGAGAGACACAUAAGGAGGUUGUCAAUAUUCUGAAGGAGCUCCCGAUGCACGUUUGCUUGGUGUGUUCUCGCAUUGUACCCCCUGCAAUUCUCGACAGUGAUGAGGAAGAAGAUGAUGAUGAUGUCCAUCUCACCCUGAAGGAGCUGCUGGCUGAGUUCAACGACAAGUUGGACCAGGGCUGUGUCAUUCCCUGCCCUAAUGCUGAGGACAUCACCAAGCGUGGAGUGCCCCCCAUGUCACCUCCUCUGGCCAUGUGGGAAAGAGAGGCUCAGGUGGUCGAGCUGGAGAAAGGCGAGUCGGGACUGGGCUUCAGUCUCCUGGACUACCAGGAUCCAGAAGAUGCCACAAAAACAGUUCUGGUAAUCCGGUCCUUGGUGCCAGGUGGUGUAGCGGAUCGAGAUGGUCGCCUGCUGCCUGGUGACCGACUCAUGUUCGUUAAUGAAACUGACUUGGAAGGAUCCAGCCUGGAUUAUGCUGUGCACGUCCUGAAGUCCACCGGCUAUGGUCCUGUCUACAUUGGAGUUGCCAAACCACUUCCGCUGGAACUGUGUGGUGGCUUAACGCCCAUCUCAGAGAGGAGCACGCGGGCUUCCUGUGAUGACACUGACAGCCACACUCAGGUCAGCCUGCUAGCUGAGGCAGGGGAGACUAACACCAACACUUGUUACUCUGAGGACAACAGCAUCAUCCAGCCGCGUUACAUUACAACGGAAAACCAGUUGCGUAAUCGUUACGGCAUCAUGGAAGACGACGAUAGGCAACAAGCACCGACUCUGAUUCCCCCCCGCACCAGCUUUGAGAGGACUAUCACUGUUGUCCGGGGCAACCGUAGCCUUGGGAUGUCGGUGAGUGCUAUCAAGGACGGCUCAGGCAUGCUGGUGCGCAGUGUGGUUCAGGGAGGCUCUGUUAGCCAGGAUGGCAGGCUGGGGGUUGGGGACGCCAUCUUGUCCAUCAACGGAGAACCUACCUCCAACCUGACCAACGCCAGGGCCAGGGCCAUGCUCCGCAGACACUCUGUCAUAGGGCCCGAGAUGAGCAUAACCUAUGUCCCAGCCCAUCAGGUGGAUGAGUAUCGUACCCAUCUAUGUUUAUCCCCUCUGGCAUCCAUCGAGGCGGACAGCGGCUCUUCUUCACCCACCCCGCCAGCCCCUUCUCCAGAACCUGCCUCCGCCCCAGCCAGAUCUCCCAGUGCUGUCAAAGCCGCAGCUCCAACUCCAGCUUCAUCCACCCUCAAAUCCUCUGCCUCAGUCAAAUUUAAAGCUGCAGCUCCAGAUCCAGCAGCAGUCAGAACCUCUGCUUCAUGCAAAUCUCCUUUCCGUGGCACAGACAUGCUCACCACCAUCACCCCGGCCUCAGACUCAAGUUGGCAGAUUCCAAAAUCUCUACAUCACCAGAAGAAGGAGGAAGGCAAAAAAGAUGGAGAGAUUGUGGAGAGGAAAAAGGACAAUAGUAAUGCUGAUGGGAAAGUACCAAAACUGGAGGUGGAGAUAAAGGUGGAUGGUAAAGAGGAGGGAGAAGAGGAGCUUCAUUCUCAUACUGCAGUGUCUUGGAAUGAACCCAGAAGUGUGCGGCUGACUCGAGUACCAGGCCAGUCCCUGGGUAUCAGCAUAAUGGGAGGCAGAGGUAUGGGCCAGAGACUGAGCAGUGGAGAGAUGAUGAGGGGAGUCUUCAUCAAGCACAUCAGUCCCGACAGCCCGGCAGCACAUAAUGGCACUCUCCGGACUGGAGACAGGAUACUAGAGGUGUGUGGUUUGGACCUCAGAGAUGCCAGCCAUGAGCAGGCAGUGGAGGCCAUUCGCAGGGCUGGAGACUCUGUGGACUUCCUGGUCCAGUCCGGACAACACAGAUCUCAGUCCCCUUUGCUUUCCAACCAUGAGAGGCUACCUCCAACACCACAGUUCAACUCACACAGCAGCAAGGAAGCAGAGACUCUCAGUGGUCUGUUCCUUAGUCUCUCCCCUACAAACCCCUUCAUUCCCACCCCCUUUAAGGUACCUUCGCCGACAUCAGAUAGAGUUGAUCGGAGAAGGCCCAGAACUGCAAUCACAGCGGCCGCUGAAGACGAGAAAGACACUGGCAGGAAAAAGAUGCUUGAGCGUUAUGGCAGCCUGUCUGGGAAGCUCCAUAUGAUUGAGCUGGAGAAGGACCCUGCGGCUCACGGCCUGGGAAUCAGCCUCACAGGGAACAAGGAUGGCUCCAGGGCCCGCAUGAGUGUCUACGUUGCAGAUAUAGACCCUCAAGGACCUGCUGGUUUAGACGGGAGGAUAUGGGUUGGAGACGAGCUACUAGAGAUCAAUGGUCAGAUCUUGUAUGGCCGGAGUCACCAUAAUGCCUCCACCAUCAUCAAUAACACUCCGUCUAAAGUCAAGAUAAUUCUCAUCAGGAAUAAAGCGGCACUGGGUCAAACGCCUCAGGGAUCCAGAACAGAGUGUGAGGAUGCAGUCGACUCCCAGACAGACUCUGCAGAGUGUGGAGGAUUGUCCAGAGACAUCCAGCACAUCAUCCUACCUCAGGAUGGCAGGCUGAAGGUUGGAGACAGAAUCAUAGCAGUGGGUGAUGAACCUGUGGCAGGACUGUCAGCGGACAAGGUGUCCAGUUUGAUUCUCAAACACCGGGUCACUGUCAAGCUCUCCAUCAGUCGCUCCAAGAGUCUCUCCUCUUCUUCUUCCCUACCUCCCCCGACAGCUCAUACCUAUCCCUGCUCUCUCUCUCCUGCUUCCUCCCUAACCCUCCCUGCGGCCUACUCCUCCGCCUCUUCAUCCGUGAAUACCAUGCAGACCUCUCCUGUGGGGCGGUCUGAUUGGUUCGGAUUAGCUCCCACAACUUCUGACCCUCUGACCUGUCCAGUUAUGGCUGGCAAGGAAACCACCAUAGAGAUUUGUAAAGGAAAUGUAGGCCUGGGCCUCAGCAUCGUAGGAGGAACCGACACUCUGCUGGGGGCAGUAAUAAUCCAUGAAGUAAAUGAUGGAGGAGCAGCACAGAGAGAUGGAAGGCUGCAGGCUGGAGACCAGAUAUUAGAGGUAAAUGGUAUUGACCUGCGGCAAGCCACUCACGAUGAGGCCAUUGGCGUGCUGCGGCUCACCACCCAGCGUGUUUGCCUGUGUGUCUUCAGGCAUCAGGAGGCCUACAAGGAGGAGGAUCUGUGGGACGUCUUCAGCCUGGAGCUGAGGCCUCGUCCUGGAGAGGGGCUGGGUUUCACCACUGUGGGGAAGAGUAAUGACACGGGCAUCUUUGUGUCAGAUAUCGUCAGAGGAGGCGUAGCAGAUUCAGACGGCAGGUUGUUGCUAGGCGAUCAGAUUCUGUCAGUCAAUGGGGAGGAUGUCCGUGCAGCGUCACAGGAACAUGCUCAGAAGCUUCUGCAGAGUUGCAGUGGAGUGGCCCACCUGGAGGUAGCUCGUUUUAAAGCUGGGCUGCAGUACUCACAGCGGAGCCAGGAGUACUUUAAGUUGUGUUUUAUCCAGAGCGAAGACUCUGACUGUUCCACCCUGACCCCCUCAAGUGGAUGUGAUGCUCCCCUCGGCCACCAGAGGGAGACAGAUAACAAAUCAGGGACCUACUACAACCUUAACAUCAGAAGAGUAAUAAUACAAAAGGGUCCGUGUGACUCCCUGGGCAUCGGUGUAGCAGGAGGAGUGGACAGUCCCCAUGACAACGUACCUCUUUUUAUUGCUGCCAUGGAUACCAAUGGACUGGCUGCCAAAACACAGCAAUUACAGACAGGAGACAGGAUCCUUAGUAUCAACGAUGUGUCCACAGAGGGAAUGACUAAUGUCCAAGCUGGAGCCCUGCUGAAGAAUGCCACCGGUACCAUCCGUCUACAGGUGGCAGCGUGUUCUGGUGGGUUCUGCACAAAGGACCACAAUGAUGUGCUUGCCCAGUCAUCAGGCCAACCCAGCAGCCUGCCCAGCCCUCAUAACAACCUCCGUACUCGCAUGUAUAAGACCAUCACUCUCGAGAGAGGCUCCUCGGGACUGGGCUUCAGCAUCGUAGGAGGGUUCGGCAGCCCGCACGGAGACCUGCCGAUCUACAUCAAAACUGUCUUCAACAAGGGGGCGGCCGUAGAGGACAGCAGGCUGAAACGUGGAGAUCAGAUCAUCGCUGUGAAUGGGCACUGUCUGGAGGGUGUGACUCACGCUGAAGCCGUGGACAUCCUGAAAAAGACCAAGGGAACUGUGGUCCUAACUGUACUCUCCUGAGACACAGCCCGAUGUGUCUGAUUGUCAUUAUGUCUUUGCAAAGUAGCCCAUAAAAUGCUGUAGCUGCCUCCCAUAAAACUGCUUCACACAAACCUGGGACGGCAAAUGUGGACAGUUAAAGUGAUGUAGUUUAGGUAAAAAUCCUAGGAAGAGCAGAUACUGUAAGUGUAAAUGUACCUGUGUUUAGUUUGGGGGAGCUACCUCUAACUGCAAAAUCACAUUGGAUGUUUUUACAUGUACGCAGUAUUCUCAAUAUAAACUCAUGUUCCUGUGAAGGUGUUAUUUGAACUAAAGUAAUUUUAUGUCAUAUGAAUCUUCUAUCUAAAAUUACCAUGAAAGCGAUGCUCAUUGAAACCACAGCACCAAAAGCAGAUAUCAAAUAAGCCAAUACCUGAGUGUCCCAACUGAUGAUGAGAUAUUGUGUCUUAGUUAUCCUGUUCAAGGUAUUUCAUUGCCCAUUUAAACACACUCAUGAGUAAAUUACCAUCCCCCAAAUUCCUGAAUCUGCCAACCGUACAUAUGUAUGAAAUAGAAACAUGUCUCAAGAAACAAUCUCACAUGUAUUUACCACUGUCUCUAGACUUCUGUUCAUUCAGAGUUAACUACUGUGAUAGACUCCUAUGCCAAGUGCUUCUGCCAAUCUUUUGUAUGGCAAUAAGGUUUUAGGACAUUUGCUUUGUUUUACUUGUAUUCAUCAUUCUCAUAUUCUUAUAGUUAAAAGUGUGUCAUGAUUGCUUGAAUAUGAUAUAACAAUGUAUUACUAGACAUGCUUAUAGUUAGCGAUGAUAACCACCUUAUGUUACGCAGGUAGAAUAGGGAAAAAAUCUUUUUCAUCUGUUAAAAGCAGCUGCUAAUACCAGUUACUUUAAAUAUCAGCUGUGCGAGUAACUGGUUUAUUAUUUAUUACUGUUUUCAUCAUCUUUAACUUGAUGAGUUGUUUUUAGGACUUCAAAUGCAUUGUGUUAUGGUAUAACGUGCAAUUUUUAUUUAGAAACCUUCUUAUACCCGUUUUAUAUGAAUUUAUUUAUACUGUGUUAUUUAUGUUUUCUUCACAGUAGUUACUUUUAUUUAAUUUAUGUCAGUAGUCCUCAGAGCACACACCAGUGUGUUUGGCAUUGUGUAACAGUGUAUAACUGAAUGUACUGUAAGGGAUCUUAUUAAAUGUUCAUUUGUUAGA